AUGGCUCGCUAUUAUCAAUAUUAUUGUGCGAAAAAAAUUCUUUGUUCUGUAAAAGAAAAAAAACAAAAAGGUGGGGUGAUUUGGCAUACUACUGGAUCAGGAAAGUCUUUAACAAUGAUAUUUUCAGUUGGAAAAAUUCUAACUGAUUACCCCCAAAGCACAAUUUUAGUAGUUACUGACCGCCAAGACUUAUACCAACAACUAUAUGGAUUUUUUACGGAAUUUUCUUUCUUAGUCCCUCAUGAAAGCAUUGAUGGAAUUCAAUCCAUUCAGCAGUUAGUAAAACUUUUGAAAAAGCCCAACCGUGGCAAGGCUCACCGUUCUCAAAAUUUGAAAUUCCAAGAAGAUAGAUUCAGUUACGCACGGAUAAUGCGUCAAAUUUUUCCCGAAGCUUACUUUUUUGCUUGGACCGGAACCCCUAUUAAUACCGAAGAAAAAUCUACUUAUAUGGAGUUUGAUUCUCCCCUGGAGCCGCUACACUCGUAUUCUACUAAACAAGCCAUUGAUGAUCAAAUAAUUAUCAACCAAAUAUUUUACCAACACUAUCCUCUUUCAGCCGACAAUGCUUUUCAGCAGAUGAUUAGCAAAAUAAAAGCUGACUAUGAAAACCUAAAAAAUCAAAAAAACCUCCUUCCCAAAUUUCUGGUUAUGGUCAAAGACAAAAGUGAAGGUCGUAAGUUUUAUGAGUUAUUCAUUCAGGAUGAAAACUACAAAGAAGUUGUUUGUUUAAUAAUUUCACCAGGAGGAGACAUAACAAAAAACAUUGAUGGUAACAAAGAAGCAAUCCAAAAAUUUAAGAAGAAUAACUUUCCAAACAUAGCUAUUGUUGUCAAUAUGUUAACCACCGGCUUUGAUUUACCAAGCUUACGAGUAAUUUAUAUUGCCAAGAAAAUUAAUAGUCCUAAAAACAAUUCAACUUUGAAAGAAGCAAAGGAAAAGUAUUUUGGCAGCGGAGAUUUACAACUAAUAUCUUCAACGGAAGUAAUUACCGACUGUUUGGCAAAACUGCGACAAAUGCUGGCUCCAAAAGAAAAAGCUAGCAGUGAAGAAAUAACUGGCUACUUAUUGAAAAACAAAAAAGAAAGGGAAUUUAAAAACUUGGUUAAAAAAAUUGAGGAAGUGUCUAUUUCUCUUCAGAAGGAAAUCAACGAAGACGACAACAUUUUUUUCUUAACAUGUCGAAAAAUUGCAGCCUCGCUUUUUCGAAUAAUUACUGACCUGCCGAAAAUCGGGAAAAAUCCUCAAACAAACAAAAAUUUGUCUCCAAAUAAACCAGAAGAAAAAUCAAAAAAGGACGAACAUAUUUACGACGAAGAGCAUUAUUAUUUGUACACUUUACUUUUCGAAGAGAAGCGGAAGCAACUUGAAAAAAAACUUCCCGAACAGAUUGAAACUGAAUUAGUUCAUUUUACCGAGAGAUUAGUGGAAUCUUUUCAACAAGCAUUCCACAAUAACCCCGAUUGUUUCUUACUUAACGAAGCUUAUGGAACCGCAAAACUAGAAAAAUUAUUUGAUAAAGUCUACUUUGAAGAGUGCAAUUUACUGCCUCCAAAAAAAUACGUGGCACUUAGUGACGAACACGGUAACAAAAACCAAGAAAUAAAAGAGAAAUUAGAAAACGCAAGGUUAGAAGAAUUAGGCAAUAUAAGCACCAUAGAAGAUCUCAUUAGCAAACUGAACAUCCAAAUUUGUGAUCCAGAAUUAGAAGAUUUAGUGGAAAACUUUGAUAACAAUCUAAAAAUUGAGCAGCAAUGA